AUGUUCGGAAGGGAUAGCAAAGUAUUGAAAACACCAAGCGAAAGCCAUCCGAUGGUGGAAUACAAGCCACUCAGCGACAGACCGAGUAUCGAUAUUGGUUUCCCUCUGGCCCAAGACUCCGAAGCAGAUAUAUCAACAGAGAAUGGCGUCAACGACACCUACCUCACCCCCGAUUGCUCAAGAAGACGACGUCGUUGUGAGGGUUUCGCCCGUACUCCUAUCAAACAAACCUUCCUCCUACUCCUCGCCGGCAUCGGUCUCAUGAACAUAGGAUACCAAACCUACUGGUUCCUCCGAUCUCUGAAACCAAUAUCAUGCAACUGCGGCGAGACCGUCUCAGAGGCUAUUGCCAACGGAUGUCGGUACGAUUCAUUCGCUGCAGCCUGGCUACCUCCAGCGUGCCGGAAUGAUGAGCUCAUCGAUCGGUUUGAACGAAUCUACGUUAGUAUGAGUCCUCGAGAGCCUCGCAGUGUUUUCAGUUGGUGGCUGCCGAGAUCUGUUUUUAUUUAA